UUCUAAGAGCACAACUGAAUUGUGUGUGCCUCACUGCCUCAUGAUUGCAGGAAUGUAGGGAAAGGGCUCAAGCAAUUACUAUUGCUGUUCAUAUGCCAGAUGGUCGUCUCAUUUGUCGUCACUUUAUCAAAACUGACAAACUUGAGGAUCUUUUUGAAUUUGUAGACAUUGCUGGAUUUCAAGAAAUUUUGUCUGGAACCUAUAGACUUGUACAGCAUUUCCCGCGUCGUGCUUACGGUAUUGAAGAUUUCUCGUCAACCUUCGAUGAAGUUGGCCUUAGCAACAAUGAAACUUUGUAUGUGGAGAAGAUUUCGGCCCCAAGAAAACUUUGAAACGGUUGAUAAAAAAGAAAAAGGAAAAAGUAAUCUUUGUGACGGAUGAUAUUCAUUGAAGACAAUGGGAGGGCAUCUUUUUGUCUAUACAGAUCUCCUAGUUGUCAAGUAUUAUACUUUCAAAUGAAAGAAUUGGCAAUUGGACAAACAUACAUGAUCAUUUGAUUGAACUCAUUUCCUAAUUUCUAGGUUCAUCGUUCAUUUAGAGUGUGAUAAGAUACUGAAAAAGUUUAUUUCUGUGAUUUUAGUUUGAGAUUGUAGAAUAAAUUGGGUGGAUCAUUAUCUUUUUU